AUGAGCGUAGAUGGGCUGCAGACGGCGCUGGAUGUGCUGAAGAGUUCCGGCGUAGCCACUGUCGUCGUUGGUGAACUGGUACUCAACUACUACAAUGAUAUCGAGAUCUGCAUCCCCAGCUCUCAAUUCCGCGCGGCGGAGCUGGCGCUGAGUUCCUCUCCUCUUUUCGAACGACUACCUCGCAGAACUCCCGACCUGUACACUAAAUACAAACAUGACUGUCCUCGGUUCUUGUACGCCAAACAGCAUCAGACUCCCAUCGUUCUACUCAGUGAUCUAGGAAUAGGCUUUAGGAAAUCAGAGGUCCUUGAAAGUGCGGCCCAUCGCAGAGAAGCAUUUUACAGCGAUCACAUACUCAGUUAUGUCUCAGUCGAAGAAAUCAAACGUAUUCCAAUACCGACUCUUCCGUCAUUUGUUCAAUACCUGUGCCUACUCUUUUUCCGCGACGGGGAUGACAUGUAUCAAAUUCGCCUUGAACAGCUGGUUGAUGGCAUGAACAUUGACGAAGAAUGGUGCCGGAAAACCGUCUCAGACGAGGGACAACUGCAGUACCUCUUGAAGCUCGUGAACAGCAAGGUGGAUCGGAUUGACGAUUUUUCGGGCAAUCUCGUGACAUGUUACAUCGCUGAUGAGCAAAUGGCAGCAAGCGUUACUUGCAUCCCUGGCUUCUUACCUACGCACCGAUGA